CACAGUUAGUUGUGUGCCGAUUCGCCGCGCCUGGAAGCGGAAGUUGCGGAAAAAUCCAGCACGUCUGAGUUUGUCCGAGUUUCGUACCGAAAAGCACUGGAUUGCCAACUUGCGUGACCCAACCGACACGACUUCCCAAUCAAAAGCGGGAGUCCCAAGAUGACCUAAGCCACGAGAUCGCUAGAAAAGCACAAUACAAGAGUAACUUCAAAAUGAGUCUGGCAUUUUUCAAACAGUUGCCGGACGGAAACUACAAGCGCCUGCCAGACGAGAACCAAAAGCCCAAGGCUGUUUUGAACCUAGUCAAAGAUCCUCUGACUGGUGCUUACAGGGUGCUUCCGCGAAUUCCAAGCUCUGCCAACCAAGUUCCUUAUCCCUUCCCACCUCAGAAUGGUGUUCACGGGCCUGUUCAAGAACCUCGGAGUCAACCUCCGCCACUGACGCCAAUUCGAGGACCUCGGCAAGAACAUCUGCUCUCGCUAAAAGCUUUCGAGCAGUCAUCGGCCCUCGGAACUGUUUCUGACUUUAGAGAACUAGCUUUAAGGCCCAUCAAAGACUUUUCGGAUCUGCACCCACACCCGAUGGAAGUCGAUGAGCAAUCGUCCUCCGGGGGCCUGUGUGGUGUGGGUCAGAGUGGGGGGCCCUUUCUAGAACCUACAAAACUACCACUUCAGGUGAAAGUCGGCCCAUCAUUGUCCCACGGGAAUGUAACUAAUGCUAAAGGGAACUCAGCGGGGCUUCUGAUUUUAAAGCCAAAGAGCUAUAUUUUUAAACCCAACAAACACCCACAUAUCCGAAGUGUUCUGAAGCCCAUCCAAAAAGAAGCCAUGAGGCAUUCGCCACUGAGGAAAAUCGAGGAGUUACUGGCUUCGGGGGAGGUGAUUAAGCUCGGUUCGAGGAACAAGCCGAGGACAGUCCCGAGUCAACGCUGUCACUCUGAUGCCGAUCCAAAGCAGCCUGGGGAGCAGGAACCGCUUUUAAACGGGGCAUUCGACAGCUCCAAAAUCAUGACCAUGGAGGAAAUCGAGGACGAGCUCCGGAAUCCGCUCAGGGAUGACUGGAUGACUUGGUCGUCGAUGAGCGAGGAGAUCACCGACCUGGUCCAGAACCGUUUCGAAAUGGAAAGACGGCGUUCGAUUUGGAAUUUGCAUAUCCCGUGAACCGAAAGCGGUUGCCAGCGUAGGAGGAGUGCCUGUCAGGAGGAGCAGCAGGAUUCUUUGCCGCAGAUCCCCUGAAGCGGGAGGAAGGCCGCCACAUUGGAAGGAAAACGGCUUUUCACGGCAGUUAAUAAAUUUUUAACUGGUUCAACCAUCGCCCGCGAGUUCCGGCAGCUAAUGACGAGGAACGCGGUGAGUGGCGAUGAACCCGACGAGGAGCAGACGUCAGCAGAUGGCGCCGAGGGGGAGGAUCAGGAAAACCAUGCGGAGCAGGAUCAGGUCGAACCGGCAGUGGAUAGUGGCCACCAUCUGGGCAGGGAACAGCAUCCAUCAACAGAGCAGCGACGUCAGAGGCCGCGAAAGAAACUAACGGCCCCCCAGGAAAAGCAACCACAACGAAGUGCUGCCACUGCGCAUCUGGAACAGGCGGAUGCAGAUGCGGACACGGACUCCAGCUCCUGCGAGGGCAUGAAGGUGGCUCAGCGGAGCAGCACGCGGGUCAGCCACGCACAGAACAACCUGCAGGAGGAGGACCUGGAAGACUUCGACUACGACGAGGAGGAGGAGGACGACGGCGAGGAGGAGUCCUACGACGACCAAGAGCAGUCCUCGAAUCACGGAGGUCGACGUCCUCCGCGAACCGCCUUGAGUGUCCGCAGCAGACGCAAGACGAAAACCCGUCAAAUAUCCUAUGCUCCCUCGGACUUGGAGUUGGGCAUCGGCGACGGGGCGGACCUGUUCGAAGGCGAGUCCCUGGACAAGCGCAGAGGCAUCUCCAAGGGGCAGAUGCGGGAGUUCCGCGAGGCCUUCCGGCUGUUCGACAAGGACGGCGAUGGCUGCAUCACCAAGGAGGAGCUGGGCACUGUGAUGCGAUCGCUGGGUCAGUUUGCCAGGGUCGAGGAACUGCAGGAGAUGCUGCAGGAAAUCGACGUGGAUGGCGAUGGGAACGUGAGCUUCGAGGAAUUCGUUGAUAUCCUCUCGAACAUGACAUAUGAAGACAAGUCUGGUCUGUCCAUUGCCGAUCAGGAGGAGCGGGAAUUGCGCGACGCGUUCCGCGUUUUCGAUAAGCACAAUCGCGGAUAUAUCACAGCAUCCGACUUGCGAGCGGUACUGCAGUGUCUGGGCGAAGAUCUCGACGAGGAGGACAUCGAGGACAUGAUCAAGGAGGUGGAUGUGGAUGGCGAUGGGCGCAUCGAUUUCUACGAGUUCGUUCACGCUUUGGGGGAACCGGAAGAUUCCCAAGAGAACGACGACGAGGAGGAUAAUACCACAUCGCCGUUGCCCACGCCCAAAUCGACUCUCAGUUACGAUUAAUCGAUAAUCGACUUCGUUACAUUCCCAAGUUGAUCGAAAUUCUGCAGACGAGUCGAAGUUACAAUAAACAAUAAAUUAAACCGAUACUCGAGCCACGGACGGUCGAUCUGCAAUAAAAUGAACCGCUAAGGAUGUUCAUCAAUAAUCGAACGACGAAGACUCGAAGGGUAUCGUUUUUUUCUUAUCAACUUUUUCGACUUCUAAGCCAUAGUUAAUCGAUAUGAAAUAGAUUGACCUUCAUUAGCCAAACAAAUUAAAGAUAACUCAUCAAAUUUAUUACAUUUAAAGUGAGAGAACGCACAGCUAAUCAAAUUAAAAUGGUUAUUAAAUAUAUACAAUAUAGCCUAUUGAAUAAUCAAAUUCCGAAACACUUAACCGGUAAACGAUUUACUUUACAUCGAUAUAUGAAUCUACACCAGUCGGCAUAAGUAUUUUGACAAAACAAAUGUUAAGUAACGUUUAACUUUUGGCAUCAAUGGAGAGGUAACUAAAAUGCCGUUUGAAUGAUACAAUACUUUUCUUAACUUAUUCGAUAUUUAUUGAAAAGGACGAUUUUUUGUGAAAAUAUACUUUUAAAAAUUUGUUUGUGUCCUGAAAACUUAAAUUUCUUAAAUAAAAAAAUCUCUCCAAGCAAAAAUAAUAGUAACUGCAAAAACAAUUUUUCAAAAAUGAACUUCGUGGUAUAUUUCAAGAUAUUUUGAAGGUGAUAAUGUCGGAAAAAAUGUGUAUGAAAAAGGGAAAUAUGGCUCAUAUGCAUAUGCCUAAACAUUUUCAAAAAAUCAUAAAAAAUAUUUAAAAAAUCAUUUUUGAAAAAAAAUUUGUUGCUGUUAAAUGAAGCAAGUUCAAGUUACGAGUAUGCUUAGCUUUUGUUUCGUCAAAGUACUUAUGCCGACUAGUGUAACUCCAAUUUUAAAUCGCAAUAUCUACCUUUCAACUGAAGUCCAAUUGGAAAUCAAACCCAUUUCUAGCUUGUAACCAGUAAAGAUAACCUAUUAUAUCUACCAAGUCCACGGGUUUUUCCAACUUAACAGCACAAGUACAUAUAUUUCAAGACAUAUCAUUGAAGACGCCUCGGUAAAUGUGUUUUGUAGGCCCCACUGAACCCAUCCUUAUAAAUAUAGACCCCUAGGUUUUUGACUCCCCAUGUUUGCCCCUUUCUCUCAUUACACUUUGUACUUGCAAUGUGUAAUUCGAAUAAAUUUAAUUGUUUAGGAAACGUUUGCUCAGUUAUUGCUGCUGCCGUAGAGCAUAAAAAAUAAUACAACUUAUACUCGCUAAUACGAAAUUCUUUAAGUAUAGUACGAACAAUUUAAUGUAAUUUACAAUUUACAGUUUUAAUCAAAAUUAAAAAAUCCCAACAAACGAAAAUAUGAAUAAAAUGAUUAAAAAGAA